GAGCAGAUAAACAAAGCAGACUUUUGAGUGACGCCUCCGGCCGGUCACGUUGUGGGGCCGCGGCAGGCUACCGAGGGGCGGGCUAUCAACGGCGCUCUGUGGCGCUAACGCUCUCUGCGGGACGGAGCUCCAGUGUUGUUUUGAAUUUACGAUAAGACACCGAUUGUAAAAGGGGGGCUCGGGGCCUUUUGGAUAAGAUGGCGGAUGCAGAAGACGACGAGACUCGGUCGGCUCCCCAUUCGGCAUCGCGCAACGGUCCGGUCGUCGGUUCUGCGGGCCAGAACACAGCCGGCGGUGUGGUUAACGCCACGUCGGGUCCGCGGAUGGUGAGGAUCGUCAAGUCCGAGUCCGGCUACGGGUUCAACGUCCGCGGUCAAGUGAGCGAAGGGGGGCAGCUUCGCAGCAUCAACGGGGAGCUGUACGCUCCUCUCCAGCACGUUAGCGCAGUUUUGCCCGGAGGAGCGGCGGACCGAGCCGGGAUUUCAAAGGGCGACCGGAUCCUGGAAGUGAAUGGUGUGAGUGUGGAAGGUGCCACCCACAAGCAGGUGGUGGACCUCAUCCGUGCAGGGGAGAAGGAGCUGGUCCUGGCUGUGCUGUCUGUACCGGCUCAGGACGCCGAUGGAUUGGAAGGAGGAGAUGAGGUCCAAAUCACUUACGACUACAGCGACAAGCAGGCCGUGCCCAUCUCCAUUCCCACAUACAAACACGUAGAGCAGCACUCGGAGAGGUUUGUGGUGUACAACGUGUACAUGUCCGGUAGACAGCUGUGCUCAAAGCGCUACCGGGAGUUUGCCAUCCUGCACCAGAACCUCAAGAGGGAAUUUUCUAACUUCAACUUCCCAAAGCUCCCGGGUAAAUGGCCCUUCUCCUUGUCCGAACAGCAGCUGGACGCUCGCCGCAGAGGCCUGGAGGAAUAUCUCGAGCGAGUUUGCUCUGUGCGGGUGGUCGGGGAGAGUGACAUCAUGCAGGAGUUUCUCUCUGAAUCAGAUGAGAACUACAACGGGGUGACCGAUGUAGAGCUGCGGAUAGCCCUGCCGGACAAGACCACCAUCUCCGUCAGAGUACGCAAGAACAGCACCACCGAUCAAGUGUACCAGGCUUUGGUGAUGAAGGUCGGAAUGGACAGUAUUAUGGCGAGCUACUUUGCCCUUUUUGAAGUCAUCAACCACUCCUUUGUGCGGAAGCUGGUUCCUAAUGAGUUUCCCCACAAGCUUUAUGUGCAGAACUACACGUCAGCAGUACCGGGGACUUGCUUGGCGCUCCGCAAAUGGUUGUUCAGCUUCCAGGAGGAGGAGCUACUACGAGACAACCCGCUGGCGCUGCACUACUGCUUUCACCAGGCAUUGGAAGAUGUGAAGAAGGGAUUCAUAAAAACAGAGGACAAAUCCUACCAGCUGCAGAAACUGGCAGAGCAGCGCAAGAUGGCCACGUACCUGAGUCUGUUGCGGACAUGCAAGGGCUACAACGAAGUGGCCUUCCCCCACUGCUCCUGUGACUCCAGGAGGAAAGGACAUGUCAUCACCGCUAUCAGCAUCCAUCACUUCAAGCUGCACGCUUGUACCGAGGACGGCACGCUGGAGAACCAGGUGAUAGCGUUUGAGUGGGCCGAGAUGCAGCGCUGGGACACGGACGAGGAGGGGAUGGCUUUCUGCUUUGAAUACGCCCGGGGAGAGAAGAAGCCUCGCUGGGUCAAGAUCUUCACUCCGUAUUUUAACUACAUGCACGAGUGCUUUGAGCGGGUCUUUUGUGAGCUGAAGUGGAGGAAACAGGUUGAGGAAGAGGCAUCUGACAAAGACAACAAAAACUGCAGCAACAAUGAGUAUCUGCCUCCUCUUGAGACGCAGCAGAAGGGAUGGCGCCACCUGGGGGGAGAGAUCGCCACUUCCUAAAAUCCUAUGACAUCACUCGAACUAGAACUGGUCCACUUGCAUCAUCAAAGCCACCCCAGAGCGUCCCAUCGACAAACCGCCGACCUCAGUGAGAGACUGAGGCGAUUCACGGCCCCCGAAAAACAAAGACCCGAAACGACCCUGAAAUGGAAUAGCUGGACUCCACCGACCCCAGACACACACACACAAGAGCCAACUUUCAUGUCAUUCACUAGAUCUCCAUAGCGCGUCCGUUGUUGUCCGACUCCGCAUUGUGCGGCAGGCCACGAGAAGAUUCUUGCCACCUGUAGAGGUGUACACACAGACACACACACACACAGCGUGGGAGUGGUCCGGGUCACUACUGCUACGGGAAAAGGGAGCACCUCGACGAAUGGAUUGCCACUCCACGCGGGAGCCAACAUGUGAGGCGGAAUCGUCCAGCAGUGAUCGGCUCGGGGCGAAGGUCACACCUCGGCUCUCGUCUGCUGAACUGAGCUGACCAAAAUACGGAUGGAGAGAUGUGGGGGGGGCAGUUCUGUAUUGGUUAGUGAUAAAGAAAGAAAGAAAGCAAAAUGAUGCUUUACACACGUGAACAACAACAAAAGAUCAGUUUUUUUUUUAAUCCGUAUGGUCAAAUGUAUUCUGCCUUGGUCUGAAAACAUAGUCCACACAAAUGCAACUGUAAAGAAAGUUGGGGGGGGGGGGGGGUCGUGAUUAUGUGUAUGUUAAUCUUCUGAUAAAAUAUAGAUUAAUAUAAGAGCUAUAAAAAAAAGUUUCUUGAACUAACACAAUGAAACACUAACUGCAUUGCUGCUCUAACAAAUUUCAAUUUUUCAUCUUUUGUUCUGGCCUAACCACGCUAGAGAGAGAAGAGACGCUGUUGGCAGACUACCGUUAGUUCGGUUUGUGUAUUUCUCCCCUCGACAGUGUUUUAAUGUGAGUAUUUUGCAGAGCGUGCGAGUUGAGAGGAAGAGGAGGGACCCUUGAACUAAGACUCGAUGGGCCAAAUGUUUUUAGAAUGGCGUACAGUGUGACUGACAGAUUGUGGACAUAAAGACAAGUUAUGUCUGAGUUGCAGAUUUUUGAACAGGCAGCAGAGGGCAGCAGACUGCAGGCCAUAUUUACCUGGAGGCUUGAAAAACUCCUCAGCAGCCUACAAAGUGAUCCCUCAGGCUCUGUGACCGACCCAGAAGCAUCACUCCUCUUCAGCCUGUCCAAUAACCAUGUCAGGUGGACAGAUGGGGUGUGUGUGUGUGUAGAGUAGAUGGUGCAUAAAGUUGUGUGACUGCAACCAGCAUACUUAGCGAUGCAGGUACCCGCCUGCUUCUUACCGCACCAACAUUGGUACAGUGCGACCUGUGUGUAUUUAAACAUGACAGAUUUACACAGAUUUUUUUUUUUUUUUUUUUU